AUGGAUUCAAACGAUUUAUUUGAUGUCUUUGACGAGGCUCCAGCUGAUAUCCCUCUGAUAAACGAAAAUGAAGACGAUAAACCUUUAGUAGAGACAACGGAAGUCGCCAAGAAACACUCUCUUUCAGAUAAUGAAGCUGAACCAGAAAAGGAAGUUAAGAAGAAAUCUAAAGGUCAUUCCUUGGAGAAGAAAGAAAAGUCACAAGUGGUACCUGUUGUUGCAGAUUCUUUCGAACAAGAGGCUUCCAGAGAGGUGGAUGCCUCCACUGGUUUGACUAACUCAGCUACUACUCAAGUUGAAGAAGAUGGUAAAGUUAAAUUGUCACAUCAAGUGCGUCAUCAAGUUGCUCUACCUCCAAAUUAUGAUUACACGCCUAUUGCAGAUCACAAGAGAGUUAAUGAAGCACGUACAUACCCGUUUACGUUGGAUCCUUUCCAAGAUACAGCCAUAUCUUGUAUUGACAGAGGUGAAUCUGUCUUAGUCUCAGCGCAUACAUCAGCAGGUAAGACUGUAGUUGCAGAAUAUGCAAUUGCACAAUCAUUGAGAGAAAAGCAAAGAGUGAUUUAUACAUCUCCUAUCAAAGCAUUAUCAAACCAAAAGUACAGAGAAUUAUUAGCUGAAUUUGGUGAUGUUGGGUUGAUGACUGGUGAUAUUACUAUAAACCCUGACGCAGGUUGUUUGGUUAUGACUACUGAAAUUUUAAGGAGUAUGCUCUACAGAGGUAGUGAAGUCAUGAGAGAAGUUGCAUGGGUAGUUUUUGAUGAAGUGCAUUAUAUGAGAGACAAAGAACGUGGUGUUGUUUGGGAAGAAACUAUUAUUUUAUUACCAGAUAAGGUCCGUUAUGUGUUUUUAUCUGCUACCAUUCCUAAUGCCAUGGAAUUUGCAGAAUGGAUUUGUAAGAUCCAUACUCAACCUUGCCAUAUUGUGUAUACUAAUUUCCGUCCAACCCCACUUCAACAUUAUUUAUUCCCAGCUCACGGUGAUGGUAUUUACUUAGUGGUUGAUGAAAAGAGUACUUUCAGGGAGGAGAACUUUCAGAAAGCAAUGGCUUCUAUAAGUACACAAGAAGGUGAUGAUCCAAAUUCGAUAAAUUCAAGAGGUAAGAAAGGACAGACAUUUAAAGGUGGUGCCGCAAAGGGUGAUGCCAAGGGAGAUAUUUAUAAGAUUGUUAAGAUGAUCUGGAAGAAGAAAUACAAUCCAGUCAUUGUUUUCUCUUUUAGUAAACGUGAUUGUGAAGAAUUGGCUUUGAAGAUGUCCAAAUUAGACUUCAAUUCUGAGGAUGAAAAGGAAGCAUUGACUAAGAUUUUCAACAAUGCUAUUGCAUUAUUACCAGAAACAGAUAGAGAAUUACCUCAAAUUAAACAUAUACUUCCAUUAUUAAGAAGAGGUAUUGGUAUCCAUCAUUCUGGGUUGCUUCCAAUCUUAAAAGAAGUAAUUGAAAUUUUAUUUCAAGAAGGGUUUUUGAAGGUUUUAUUUGCAACAGAAACAUUUUCCAUUGGUUUGAAUAUGCCUGCCAAGACCGUUGUUUUUACAUCAGUUAGGAAAUGGGAUGGUCAACAAUUCCGUUGGGUUUCUGGUGGUGAAUAUAUUCAAAUGUCCGGUCGUGCCGGUCGUCGUGGUUUGGAUGAUCGUGGUAUUGUUAUCAUGAUGAUUGACGAAAAGAUGGAACCACAAGUUGCCAAAGGGAUGGUUAAGGGUCAAGCCGAUAGAUUAGACUCAGCUUUCCACUUAGGUUACAAUAUGAUCUUGAACUUAAUGAGAGUAGAAGGUAUUUCACCAGAGUUUAUGUUGGAGCAUUCAUUUUAUCAAUUUCAAAAUGUCAUAUCUGUCCCAAUCAUGGAAAAGAAAAUAGUCGAAUUGAAUAAGGAAAUUGAAGAUAUUCAAGUAGAUGAUGAGGAAAAUGUUAAAGAUUACUAUGAAGUUAGACAAACGUUAGAUAAUUAUAAUGAAGAUGUUCGUCAUAUUAUCACACAUCCAGCUAAUAUUUUAAGUUUCUUACAACCUGGUAGAUUGAUUGAAGUGUCCGUUGGUAAACAAUAUUAUGGAUGGGCAGCAGUUGUUGAUUUUGUGAAAAGAAUGAAUAAACGUAAUCCUUCAGCAGAAUUUACUGAUCAUGAAUCAUAUAUUGUUAAUGUUGUUGUGAAUACCAUGUAUGUUGAUUCACCUCUAAAUCUAUUGAAACCAUUCAAUCCGGAAUUCCCAGAAGGUAUUCGUCCUGCCGAGGAUGGAGAACAGGCUGUGUCAGCAAUUAUUCCUAUUACAUUAGAUUCCAUUAGGGCGGUUGGUAAUUUAAGAUUAUUCAUGCCAAAAGAUGUCAAAGCUGGUAAUCAAAAAGAAACUGUUGGCAAAUCUUUGAAGGAAGUUGGACGCAGAUUUCCAGAUGGUGUCCCAUUAAUUGACCCCAUUAAGAAUAUGAAAAUUGAGGAUACCGAUUUUUUGAAGUUAAUGAAAAAAAUUGAAGUCCUUGAAUCUAAAUUAUUUGCUAAUCCAUUGGCGCAAUCUGUCAGAUUAAGUGAACUUUAUGAGAAAUAUAGCAAGAAGCAUGCGUUGAUACAUGAUACAAAACAAUUGAAACAAAAGAUAAAUGAAUCACAGGCUGUUAUUCAAUUAGAUGAUUUACGUCGUCGUAAGAGAGUUCUACGUCGUUUAGGAUUUUCUACCCCAAGUGAUAUUAUUGAAUUGAAAGGUAGAGUUGCAUGUGAAAUAUCGAGUGGUGACGAAUUAUUAUUAACUGAGCUAAUUUUUAAUGGUAACUUCAACGAACUUACACCGGAACAAUCUGCUGCGUUGCUUUCUUGUUUUGCAUUCCAAGAACGUUGUAAAGAAGCACCAAGAUUAAAACCAGAGUUAUCGGAACCAUUAAAGGCUAUGAGAGAACUUGCGUCUAAGAUUGCCAAAAUAAUGAAAGAUUCUAAAAUUGAAGUUGUUGAAAAGGACUACGUCGAAAGUUUUAGACAUGAAUUAAUGGAGGUUGUCUAUGAAUGGUGUAAAGGUGCCACCUUCACUCAAAUUUGUAAGAUGACAGAUGUUUAUGAGGGAUCUCUAAUUAGAAUGUUUAAAAGGUUGGAGGAAUUGGUGAAAGAACUGGUCGAUGUUGCCAACACUAUUGGUAAUGCCGCACUAAAGGAAAAAAUGGAAACUGUGUUGAAAUUAAUACAUAGAGAUAUUGUUUCAGCAGGUUCUCUGUAUUUAUAG